GCCAGCCCAAAAGUGUACGGAAGCCAGUGGCUUUGAUAAUGGUACCAAGAAGAGAAGAGUAUUGAUACCGCUGAGAAAUCUGAAUAAUAUCCUUUGACAAAAAGGGGGGAGAGAGCGAUAUCUUCGCAAGGGGUUCAACCCGAUUUCAAAGUUCCUCUGGCUUUCAAUCGUGCUACAAUCGAAGCUCGUUUCCAUACAUCAUUCAUUCAGGGUUAUGGUCUGUGCAUAAAGUGCACGCAUAGUAGUAUUGUCAAUCAGGAAGCCGAGUUGGUCUUUACCAUUUCCUUGUAAACAACGAAGUCAAAUAUCUGCAGCGAUGAGAACUUCGUGGGCAGAUUCUGUCGACAACUCAGCAAUUGGUUCUUCAAAUGCCAAUGCCGCGCGUCCUUCUCGGUCAACGUAUGUUCCACCACAUCUUCGUAAUAAGCAGCCAUCUUCAGAACCCCCUUUGACAUCACAGCCAUCUUCGUUACCGGCUAAUGAUCGGGUAAAUUUUAGUGGGUCGACUGCUGGGUAUCGCGGAGGCAGUUUCUUUGAUAAAACUGAUUAUGGAAGGCAGGACCAUGGUUCUAGUGGUCGAAUUGGUGGGGGUUGGAACAAUAGAGGCGGAGGGUGGGACCGUGGAAGGGAGCGUGAGGUUAACCCAUUUGAGAAUGAUGAAGCCACAGAUCAUACUUUUAGUGAGCAAGAAAACACAGGCAUUAACUUUGACGCUUAUGAUGAUAUCCCUGUGGACACUAGCGGGGAGAAUGUGCCUCCUGCUGUAAAUACUUUUGCAGAAAUAGACUUGGGUGAGGCAUUGAAUCAAAAUAUAAGGAGGUGCAAAUACGUCAAACCAACUCCAGUUCAGAGGUACGCCAUACCAAUUUCUCUUGCGGGGCGAGAUCUGAUGGCUUGCGCUCAGACAGGAUCAGGCAAGACAGCUGCCUUCUGUUUUCCUAUUAUAAGUGGAAUCCUGAGGAUGCCACAUGUUCAAAGACCACGUGUAGCUCGAACUGCUUUCCCUCUAGCUCUUAUCCUAUCUCCUACCCGGGAGCUUUCAUGUCAGAUACAUGAUGAGGCUAAAAAGUUUUCCUAUCAAACUGGUGUCAAGGUGGUAGUUGCUUAUGGAGGAGCACCAAUAAACCAACAGUUGCGGGAGCUUGAGAGAGGAGUUGAUAUUCUUGUGGCAACUCCAGGACGUCUGGUAGAUUUGUUAGAGAGGGCUAGGGUGUCACUGCAAAUGAUCAGAUAUUUAGCUCUUGAUGAAGCAGAUCGGAUGCUGGAUAUGGGUUUUGAGCCUCAAAUAAGAAAAAUAGUUGAACAAAUGGACAUGCCUCUUCAAGGCUUGAGACAAACAAUGCUGUUUAGUGCCACUUUUCCCAAAGAGAUACAGAGACUUGCAUCGGAUUUCCUUGACAAUUAUGUGUUUCUGGCUGUUGGAAGGGUUGGUUCAAGUACUGACCUUAUUGCUCAACGAGUGGAAUAUGUCCUUGAAUCUGACAAAAGAAGCCAUCUCAUGGACCUUCUUCACGCCCAGAGAGAAAAUGGAAUUUAUGGCAAGCAAGGUCUUACAUUAGUUUUUGUGGAAACAAAGAAAGGAGCUGAUGCAUUGGAACACUGGUUGUGCAUUAAUGGGUUUCCUGCAACUAGCAUUCAUGGUGACAGAUCACAGCAGGAAAGGGAACUAGCAUUGAGGUCGUUCAAGAGCGGAAACACGCCAAUUUUAGUGGCAACGGAUGUUGCAGCACGUGGUCUUGAUAUUCCACGUGUAGCUCAUGUGGUAAAUUUUGAUCUUCCCAAUGACAUUGAUGAUUAUGUGCAUCGGAUAGGAAGAACAGGGAGGGCUGGUAAAAUGGGUUUAGCAACAGCUUUCUUCAAUGACAAUAAUCUGUCAUUGGCUAAGCCAUUGGCUGAUCUGAUGCAAGAGGCAAAUCAAGAAGUACCUGCGUGGCUCACACGUUAUGCAGCUAGAGCUUCCUACGGUGGCGGCAACAGAAAUCGGCGUUCUGGGGGGGCCCGUUUUGGUGGCCGUGAUUAUAGGAGGGAUAGCCAACAUAAUAAAGGAGCCGACUACUAUGGCGGAGCAAGUGGAUACGGGGUUCCUGCCACUUUUGGUGGAGGGUAUGGUCCUCCAGGUGUUACUAGUGCCUGGGAUUAGUCGCCUUUUAUCAAUUCGUUCAAACUGCUGCUGAUUGUAUAUAAUUUCAGACUUCGUUUAUGAUAGUUCAAUCUUAGCCCUUGGUCUAGCUAGAUUCAUGCAUUCCCUAGUGCUGGAAAUCUUGUGUCUAAUAUUAGAGGGCUACUGAUUUCCUGUGAGAUUGAUGUACUGUCGUUCUGCUGUUGGAUAUUUUUUUAAUGGAUAGAUUUUCCGGUUUAGCUGUCAUAA